UAGCUUGAGAAGAACAGAAAGUCAAGAGACAAAAAGAACAAGAAGCAAGCGAGGCCUUGAUAAAAAAGCUUGGAGAAGAAUUAAAAAAGUCAAGUCUGUACAUCAGCAGAUGAUUUAGGAAAGAGAGCAGGAUUAAUUAGCUAAAGAGUUAGGAAUUGUUGUCUCUGAGAUCUAGGCUAGAUUUUAUUAACAAGAAAAGAAGCUGGGCUUUAGAAUGAUACAGAAUGAACAAGCAGAUAGUAGUAGAUUUUCCAAACAUUGAUAAUGGUUUUCUGUAACCAUGGUAACUGUACUUAAGGAUGAACACAACUGUACCUGAUAUCAACCUAUAAAGCCAUUGGUCAAAUAUCACAUCAUUCAAAAUGGAUGACUUUUUGUCGUUUACGAUUCUUGAUGAAUCUGACUCAGAAGAUAUUCUGUAUUGUAAAAAUUGUGGGGAGUUAUUAGAGGAACAAUCAGAUAUGGUCAGUCACGACUGUCCGAAACUUUCUGCAGAACACAAAAAGGAUUUGAAAAUGACCUUGACACUUGAUAAAUUAAAUCACAAGGAUAAAACCCAAAAUAAAUCUUCAUCGAACAAGCGUAAACAUAGUGAUGUAUUAGACCAAGAAUUGACGGAGCAAGUCUUUUUAAUAAAAGAAGAUUCCCUAAUAAAAAACAAUUACAAUGUGAAAAAAACUCAGAAUGAAAAAGAUGCAAAAAGAACAAAAUUAGACAUGCAUGAAGACAAGCAAUCUAGUCAAUCUGAAAAUAGAAAAAAGUGGACAAAUAAAACAGCAAUGAAGAUUGAAUCUCAAAAAAAGUUGAAAAAUAAUAAGUCUUCAAAAGUAAAAAUUCAAAGGUUAGAUGUCAAUUUGAAUAGAAAAGAUGAUCCAUUGUCUACGAAAUUAGAUAGUUAUAUUUCACCAAAAGGAGUUUUGAAAGGAGGUGGCAAAGUUAAUGGUGAGUCUGUUGAAAUGCAGGAGAAAAUCCAACCUGCAUUGAAUAGGAUAGGAACAGAGAUGAAUAAUAAAGAAAAACAAGAACUGUCUAAAAUAAAACAAAACUCCAGAAAAACAGGAAGUCACAAACAUAAAAUAAUGCCUUCAGUCAGAGCAGAAAUUAAAGGAACAGCUAAUUCAGACAAUGUUAAUAUUCGCAUUGAAAAGUUUCAAAGCAAUGAACAGGUCUCUCCUAAAAUGAGAAUUGAGAGAGAACAAAGUGAAAAGGACAUUACAUCAACUAAGGUGACUCCAAAAUCAACAGAUAGUACACAAACAUUAAAUUGUGCAGAAGUGGAUUCCUUUUCUGACGUUGACAACACCAAUAUACAAGAUGAUGAGGUACUACAUCAAACUCUUAAAGGGGAAAUAACUCAGGCAACUCUUGAAGGGGAAAUAACUCAGGCAAGCUACUCUCACAUAGGAAAAGAAAUAGAAGACAAAUUAUCAGAAAAAGGAGGUGGAACUAAAAAGCCUAUGUUUAUGACAUUGUGUGACUCUUGUGGAUUUUUUGUACCAACAGAGCAUGAAUGUGCUGUUCAGAAUAAUAGUAAUCUUGAACUUUUUACUUCUGUUUUAUCGACAGAAUCUGAAGAUAGAAUUCCUAAAGGAACUGAUUUUGUAAUUGUUGAGAAAGGAGCAAGUAAUCCAGAUCUGUCAGUACAAAAUUUUCAUCAAAUAAAUGGCUAUUUGAAAUCAGGAAAAGACUCCACCUUAGAGGAUUAUAAUUGUAUACAAUGUGGCGAGUCAUUUGUCAGUAACAAUAUACAAAUCAAAAGUGAAGAACAAAUCUUCUCCAUUGGUUCAGAUUUGGUAACAUUCUUUCGAUGUGAGAAAUGUACAAUAUUGCUAAGUGUCAAAGAUAAAAUUAAAGAAGGAUUCGUAACUUGUAUGAAUGUUGAUGAUUUUACACCUCUAAUAGACAGGAAAAAGAAUAAGGUUGUAUGUAGAAUAUGUGGUGAGGACUUGAAUGACCUGGAAAAAAUCAAAUGGUUGUCUCAUUUUGUCAGUCAUGCUAAACAAAUAAAGAAGCAGUGUAUAAUAUGCCUACAGCCUAUUUUUACAUUAAGGAAAACAAGAACACAUAUGAGGAAGCAUAAAAUCUUGAUAGAGACUACAAACUUUUUCAGACAAGUAAAACCAGAACUAAGUGGAUGUCAUAAAAAGUCUGACAAAAUGAAUAGCGUAGCAUAUGAAGAAAAUGUUGAUAAGGUUCAAAGUUCAGAAGGGUCAGCAGGAAAUUUAGACCAUAUUCCGACAGCACUGACAAAUUGUAAUCAAACAGACAAGGAAACACCGACAUUAUAUGACAAGGAUGGAAACAUGUUCAGAGUUGAUUUGGCCAAAAAUACUCUCAUUUGUAAUUUUGCAAAAGAGGAUAAAAACAAAAACAAAACCAUGUCACAUGACACAAUGAGAAAAUCAGUUGGUAUAUCAUCUUCACGGAACGAAAACUCUGAAAGAAGCCAAUCCGUGUAUACUUACAAAGUAGAUGGAAAUAAUGUUGUACCCACUUCAGAAACUGGUGUUCCAGAUAAUAGAUGGCGAGGCAAUGAUCGUAACAAAUUAACAAAUUCCUUGGAUAAAUAUAACCUGAGAAAGGGGAAAAAGAAAGUGGAUUACGCUGAACUGGAUAAAGGCUUGGCCCCAGAAAGUCAAUAUACAGUAGCACCUUCACAUGUUAGGCUGUCGUCUGGUUAUAGGGUUCAUAAUUCUAACUUUAAUGGUGUAGUACCUGCUAGGUAUCAGUCUAACCUGAAUAGACAGUCAAUGGCUGCCUCUGCUUUCAAUACCACAGCACCAUCAGUUAAUAGACAGUCAAUGGCAGUCUCUUCUUUCAAUACCACAAUGGCGUCUGCUAACACCACACACCUAGAUAACAGACGCAUGACUAUAAUGGUGUCUGCUAACACAACACCUAUAGUGCAGUCAAAUACAAAUGUCAUCAGGAACAAUCAGAAUUAUGCCAACUCGCUCCUUUCAUCACAAGCUUACAUAGGAGAUCUAAUUCAGACAUUAGAUACAUGCCCUUCAACUGAGAUUUCUGAUCAGUUCUUACAAUUGGCAGACGGUCAUCCAGUUGUUAGUACACCAAGUUCACAGUUAAAUGAGAUAUCUAGCAGUAAAAAUAUGUUUGAUGACAUUUUGACCUCUGCUGGAACUGUGAGAACUUACCCUUGUUACCAUAGUAACAAUCAAAGGCCAAUAUCACAUGGUUUGCAGGAAGUUCAAACCCCUAUAGAUCAUUCAAACUCCCAUUUAUCAUCAGGAAAUGUGUCACAGAUUUCAGUGAAUGCUUCACAUCUACAGUCAAAAUCUUAUAUUCACGUGCCACAAGCUUCUGUUGUAAGAUUGAUUGAUAAUUCAGGACAAGUUAGUCAAACCAUUCAAGGAAAAAUGUCAAACACAAGCAUGAUUGACUUAAAUAACACUUCAGUACCUGUAUCGGCUACAUCAUACCCCAAUGACCUAUUGGGACAGUUAGUGCAGUCCUCUGGUAUAACAGAAGGUUUACAAGAUGGAGAUAUUUUCAGCAAUUAUGUACAGAACAAUAUUUCUAUUUCAUCAAGAGACAUACCUACUAGUCUUAUGUCAACAACUCAUGCGCCCCAGGUGUCACAGACCUCUGUUCUGCCAAAUCAUGCACCUCAGGCGUCACAGACCUCUGUUCUGCCUAAUCAUGCACCUCAGGUGACACAGACCUCUGUUCUGCCUAAUCAUGUGUCCAAAACAUUGAGUUUAUCACAGUCCUUGAGCUUGCCACAACAGGCAUCACAGACCUCAAGUUUAUUAGAGCCUUUGGCUUUGCCUCCACAGGUGGCACAGACCUCGAGUUUAUCACAGUCUUUGAGUCUGCCUCAACAAGUGGCACAGACCUCGAGUGUAUCACAGCCUUUGAGUCUGCCUCAACAAAUGGCACAGACCUCAAGUGUAUCACAGCCUUUGAGCUUGGCACAACAGAUGGCACAAACUUCAGAGUUGAUAAAUGUAUCAGUAAGCUUGCCUUAUUCCAGUAGCGUAAGUUUGACACAAAGUAACAUGACGAACAUCACAACACAUGAACCACAAACAAAUACAGGAGGUGUGUCUAAUAGUUUGGAUGAAAACUUUAAUAGAAUACAGAUGCUUUACAUGCAAGAGAUGCCAGAAGGCAUGACUGAGGAGGAAGAGAUCAAAUUUUUGUCCCAAAUGAAUUCUGAUGGUGCUACUCCAUUUCAGAUCAAGGAAAGUAGUGAAAGUGAUAAUGAAAGUACUAGUGAUAGUGUUAAUAACUACAAUCACAGUCAAAAUGGGGACGAAAAUGUGGAAAAUUGUAACAAGGUGCAAAACAAAAAAAAUGCUAAUUUUGAAAGUUUGAAUAUUGGCAUUGUGCAAAAUUUUGACGAAGGAAACCCAAUGUAUGUACAAGAGGAAGUUGAAGUUGAGAGUACAUGUAGUAAAGGUAUACCUCGAACAUGGGCGAGAAAGAAAAUAUCCCCAAAAACAUCACAAGAUUUUAAAUGUAAAUUGUGUGCACUAACCUUUAGACGUAAGGACCUGUUGUCAAAGCAUGAAGAACUACAUGUGACUAAUCCACAUACAUGUUGGCAGUGUUGCCUCACAUUUAAUUCAGCUGUUCAAUAUUCAAACCAUAUCAAAGAAGAAAAAUAUAAUCACUGAUUAUAAAAGCACAUUUGAUUUAACCAAGGACAAUGUAAUUCAAUUUAUUUUUAU